AUGGUAGGUGAGAUUUGGGAUUCUGCAGCUAAUAUCAAUGCGUGGGGAUAUUAUGCAUCAGGGGGAUAUGGUCUCCGAAGUUGUUUCCACUUUCCUGGUCGAUACAAUUUAGUACAGACUUUAGCGUGUGAAGAAUCUGGAGCUGGUGGGUAUGAUGCUUCCAAUUUGGCGAACAUUUUUAAUGCGGGAUAUCCCGAUUAUGCUUAUCCAAAUAUGUUUUUGACUAAUCACGAUUUGGUCAGAUUUGGUAAUUUGAUUCGAAAGAAGUAUUCAUAUGGAAAAGAAAAUUCACUGUAUUGGGGAAGACAUAAAGCCGCUUUGGCUUUCUUGGCUACAUACACGGGACCUAUCACGGUCUACUACGGUGACGAAAUUGGAGAUCUUGUGGAGUGCUACUAUAAACCAGGAGACUGCGGAGGCGCUUACAACGACAACGCGGCUCGAAGCGACGGGAAGAUCUCGGGGUUCGAUGCAAAGCAACAAGACUUGCACGAUUUCGUUAAGAAGCUUAUGACACUCAGAGCACAAAAUUCGGCUUUGUAUAAAGGCAGCAGACAAAACCAAGACGCAAGUGGGUCAUUAUAUAAGGUCGAUAAGGUAGAUGGAUCAAAUAAAAUUCAAGUCUUAAUUAAUACAAAUACAUGGGAGUAUGACACUAAAUGCGGGUCGGGAACUGAUUUGAUCACUGGAAAAAGUUACUCGGGAACAUGUCAUAUGGCACCUUUCGGCGUAAUUUUGCUGAAGAUAUAA